UAUCCUUACAAGAGUAUAGAAACGACUACUACUACUACUAUUCCUAUUGUUACUACUACUACUACUACUACUACUAUUACUACUACUACUCUCACACAGGGCUUGAGACUGACAGAUCUUCACUCCAAACAUGAACAGCAAAGGUUAUCAGUCUGAACUCCAACAGCAGACACAAAAUCAGCUGAGGAUUAUUCUGGUUGGGAAGACUGGAGUUGGAAAGAGUGCAGCAGGAAACACCAUCCUGGGGAGAGAUUAUUUUAUUUCAGAUAUAGCUCCCUCCUCUGUGACAACCAAAUGUGCCAAGAUCAUAGGAGAAGUAGAUGGGCAGCGUGUAGCUGUUGUUGAUACCCCAGGCUUGUUUGACACCAACUACACCCAAGAUGAGAUACUGCUGGAGAUCAAGAGGUGCAUCUCCUUCUCUGCUCCUGGUCCCCAUGUGUUUCUCAUAGUGCUCCAGCUGGGUAGAUUCACAAAAGAAGAGAAGGACACAGUGGAGAUCCUUCAGAAAACUUUUGGAAAACAGUCAGCAAACUAUACAAUUGUGCUCUUCACUCAUGGAGAUCUACUGGAGGCGAAAACAGGAAAGAAGACAAAAACAAUUGAAGACUUUUUGCACAGGAACAAAGAUCUUCAUGAUUUGGUCCAGGUUUGUAAUGGGGGAUGUCAUGUCUUCAACAACAAUGAAGACAACGAAUGCAAAAAUCACACUCAGGUUACUAAGCUGCUUGAGAAGAUAAGAAAAAUGGUAAAUUGGAAUAGAGGAAACUUCUACUCCAAUGAGAUGUUCCAGGAGGCUGAGAGAGAGAUUGAAGAGGAGAAAGAGAGGAUCCUGAAAGAGAAUAAAGAGAAGAAUCACAGAGAGAUGGAGGAACUGAAGGAAAAACAUAAAGGAGAUGCUCUGAAGGAAGCUGAAGAAGAACUGAAACAGCGUCAGGAAGGAGAAGCUAGAAAGAAAGCUGAGGAAAGUAACACAUUCAUUAAACGUGUAUUGGUAGUCUCCACAGCUGCUGCUGCUGCUGCACUUGGAUCAGGUGUAAUUGGCUCGGCUCUGCAAGGAGCAGUGGGAGGGGCUGCAUUGGGUCCAGUGGGUGCAGUACUAGGGGGAGUUGUAGGACUUGGAAUAGGAGGUGGAGCAGCUUUCAUGGGAACUUCACCAGAACAAUGCAUUAUACAAUGAGAAUGUGUAACAUUACUCCACCACCAUCUAUCAUUGGUUUGGCGUAAUUAUGAAAAUAAUGUAUUCUUAAAAAUGACAGAUUUUGUUCAUUGUCCUCCUGGCUAUUCAUUACAAUUAAUGUUAAUGUUGUACUAAUUGAUUGCUAAGCCACCAAAUGCUCAUUUAAACAUCAAAUGUAUCUUUUACCUUGAAUAUUUUCUUAUUGCAAGAUGAUAACACGUCAAAUGAAUUGUGUUGGAAAUAAGUAAAGAAUAAACGUUUUUAAAAUGUGUGUGAGUGCAUGUGUGUGCGAGAGAUGCAGGUAGCCUAGCGGAUAAGUGUGUUGGGCCAGUUACUGAAAGGUCGCUGGUUUGAAUCCCUGUGCCAACUAGUUGAAAAGAUCUGACAAUGUGCCCUUGAGCAAGGCACCGAACUCUAAUUGCUCCUGUAAGUCGCUCUGGAUAAGAGCGUCAGCUAAAUGACUAAAAUGUAGAUGAAUGUACUAACUGUAAGCAACUCUGCUAAAUGACUAAACAUACAAUUAUAAUAAUGUGUGAUACAAAAAAUA